CGCGCGUGUGAUAAACUUGCAAAAAAAGGUAAUGGGGAAAAAUUCGAGGAAGGGUGAUCCGGACAUCCCGUAUCAACCUCUGAUGGAAGAAAAGCUGGAAGAUCAAAUAAGAACGAGGAGUUCGACGGAUGACUCUGAGGACUUGAAAAAACGGUCUCAUCUACACUUCGAUGAUCCCGUGUUGAAGCAGGUCGAGGAAACGACCAAGGUAACAACCUUCGUUUACGUUGCGACCUUUGUGAUUUCGAUUGGUGGAUUUAUGUUUGGAUAUGACACCGGUGUCAUAAGCAGCGCUAUGCUAUUACUGGAAAAUGAUUUUACCAUGACGGCUCUUCAAAAAGGGAUGGUCGUUGGUGCCACAACUCUUGGGGCUAUUUUCGGCGGACUGACAUCAGGUUCAUUCUCGGAUUUCGUGGGAAGGCGCAUGACCUCUUUAGUUGCCGCGAUAAUUUUUAUCGGUGGGGCACUUAUUCUAUCACUAGCCUCAUCUUAUGAACUCCUGCUAUUUGGAAGACUCGUGGUUGGAAUUGCGGCGGGUGCAUCGUCUCAAAUAGUACCGAUCUACAUAAGCGAGAUUUCUCCGAGGUUUUAUCGCGGUCGUUUGGUCACGGUGAACAUAUUGAUGUGUACUGGGGGACAACUCUUUGCUUACUUGAUCGCCGCAGGAUUUGUGUUUCAGGGAGGGUGGAGAUGGAUGUUUGGCGUCUCGGGAAUUCCCCCUGCGAUACAAUUGAUUUGCAUGAUCUUUAUCCCAGAAAGUCCGCGUUAUCUCGUGCGCAAGGGUAAAAUUGAACAAGCCAAAAGAAUAUUGGCUAAAAUUUAUCCUGGCGCCUACCAAACCUUCUUGAGUCAAGAAAUUGAGAUAAUUCAAGAAACGAUAGCACAAAAUGCGACAGGCUCGUACAAAAAACUCUUCAAAUACCCAAACCUUGGUCCACUUAUAAUUUCCUGCGGGCUACAAUUGUUUCAACAACUUUCUGGAUUUGACACCGCUAUGUAUUACGGGGCAA